AUGGUCCGCACACGAAAGUCCAGCAAUCUCGGAGCUGACAUUCGCGGUGACACUAGCGCACCUGCGAUGUCCACGAUGAACGAAGUCAGCCCGAUUGAUGGCGAGCCACCGAAAUGGGACAAGGUAGCCCAAGCUACCACAGACAAAUCGUCAAAGUCGCACCAGAAGCGUCGCAGAAGCCGCUCCUACAUUCGUCGUUUCAAGGACAAAUGCUUGAAGCACACAUGGCUUCUCCCCCUCCUGAUCUUAGUCGUCCUUCUCGCAGCAUAUGCCGUUAAUCCAACUGAAUCGAACCCGUUGCAUUACGCCAUCUUCCUAUCCUACCCUCAACCUCCCAAGACUCCUGGUGAUCCGGUUAUGUAUGGAAAGGGCAAAAAGGAUAUCGCGUUUGUCUCGUUCUACACGAUCGUGCUCUCUUUCACUCGAGAGUUCUUGAUGCAGCGCAUGAUUCGCCCAUUGGCUGUCUACUGUGGAAUUCGUGGAAAGGGAAAAACUGCUAGGUUCAUGGAACAGGUUUAUACGGCUAUCUAUUUCGCAAUCUUCGGACCGUUUGGCCUCUAUGUCAUGAGCCGCACAAACAUCUGGUAUUUCAACACUACUGCUAUGUUUGAAGGAUUCCCGCAUCGGGAGCACGACGCUUUGUUCAAGUCCUAUUACUUGCUUCAAGCUAGUUACUGGGCGCAGCAAGCCAUUGUUCUUCUCUUGCAGCUGGAGAAGCCGCGCAAGGAUUUCAAGGAGCUCGUGGGUCAUCACAUUAUUACCCUGGCUCUCAUCGGCCUGAGCUAUCGAUUCCACUUUACCUAUAUUGGCCUCGCAGUCUACAUUACUCACGAUGUCUCAGACUUCUUUUUGGCUACAUCCAAAACCUUAAACUAUCUUGACGCUUAUAUUACUGCGCCAUACUUUGGGUUCUUCGUGUUCGCCUGGAUUUAUCUUCGACAUGUCUUGAACCUCAAGUUCCUCUGGGCUGUCCUUACGGAGUUCCGGACUGUCGGACCGUUCGAGCUGAAUUGGGAAACCCAGCAGUAUAAGUGUUGGAUCAGUCAGUACAUCACCUUCGCCUUACUCGCGAGUCUUCAAGCUGUGAACCUCUUCUGGUUGUUCUUGAUCCUUCGUAUCUUGAAGACCUACCUCUUUAGCAACAUCAAGAAAGACGAGAGGAGCGAGGAUGAGGACGAAGAGGAGGAAGAAGAGAUCGCCCAGUCAAUUAACAGCGCUGCCACCCUCGCCACAGGCACCGAGCCAUCAUCCCUGACAGCACGCGCUGCCAACGUGGAGAAGCGAGCGCCCCAAGUUAUGGUCAACGGACAACCGGUCAAGCGGUAA